AGGCAUAAGCACGAAAUCAACCCCAAAUGAGAAAAUUUUUUGAUACAAGGUGCGUCGUUAUGGUAACACAUGUGCAAACUUAGUAGGUAAACAUUAAACACUUUAAAUUAAAAAACAAUCAUGCCGCUGUUUGCGAAAAAGUUCGAAUCGAAGCCUAUACCAAGUCGUUUGGCCCGUUGCAACAUUGGAUGUCCUGCUAUAAGUGAGGAUCUUGAGGAUUUCAAGAAUAUCUCGCUUAACUUGGGAAAUAAAGAACUACGUUUCGCUGAUGGUAUUUGGAUACAUUCCACGCGGAAAUCUGAUACUGAUGACAUCCUCCGCUUAAAUCGACGUAUAAGGAAUCUUGAAGAAGAGAAUAAUUUAUGUAUGCUUAAAAUAGAAAUAUUUUUGGACCUGUUAGCUGAGCAAACCACCGAGUUGAAUGCUCUUAAGUUGAGGGAUAAGUAAAUGUUUACAAUAAAUUUAACAUACAGUACAAAGUAAGUGCACAUAUCGUCGCUACCAUGUCAAAACAUCGAAUGUGAAAAUAAGUACUUUCCAAAAAAGCUGUUGUAAAAAAUGUUGUUCGUCAUUAGGAAAAAGUGUGUCAUUCGACACUUUGUUAAAGUUAGUAUCAUCAUCUGCUUCUAAGACGACUAGAAAUUCGACAAUUUGCCAAGAUAUGUAUCAUUCUUAACGCAUACGCAAGGUAUCGUAAAUGAAAAAGCAUUUUUGCAUAUUUGAUAAUUUGACAUGGUAGCGACGAUAUGUAUGUAUUUAAAAAUAAAUAUUAGUGGAUAUGCUUUCAAUGCAAGGCAGAAGUGAAUUAUCGCGUCCACUUUGUAUUUUAA